UUGGGACACACAUAACCGCACCGCGCCCGACACGUGAGUCGGCCGAUUGUUGGCCGUCACACGGUGAAACAAUUGCUGCGCAGUAUUUAACCUGCAAGUUCAGACACGUCCGCACCGACACCAGACCGUCGUGGCCGCACCGUGGCCGCACCGUCACCGAUAGUUCAGGUUUGAAUUUUGACGGGCACGGUGCGGUCUGAGAGAUCUCUUUUGAGCGGCAUCAGCCAUGGAUGUGGAGAAACUUAUUGAAGAAAUAAGGAAGUUUCCUGUAGUUUAUGACCAGUCGAAUGACAAAUAUCGGAAUACAGAAUACAAGGAGAAAGUGUGGAAGAAAAUUGCUGACAAUUUGGAGCUUGGAGAGGGUGGAGUAGAAGAAUGCAAAAGAAAGUGGAGCUCUAUUCGAGACCAGCUUCGUAGGACACUACAAAAAAGAAAGACCAAAUCUGGACAGGCAAGUGUUGCAUUCCGGAAGUAUAAAUACGAAGAUAUUCUUUCAUUCCUGGUACCUUUUUCUUGGAGAACGAGAAGGAAUCACCAAUGUGUUCUCACAACAAAAUGAGGAGGAAGUAAAUGAGCAGGAGCUUGUUGAAGAAAAAAACCUUGAAGAAAAUACUCAUGAACAACCAACAAGUGAAGAUGAAAACACUAAUAUC